CUCACCAGAAGAGGGCAUUCCAAUUCUGCCUGACAAAGUUGCUGUGACAUGCAGGCGUGAUUAACAACAGCGUCAUGUUGCAUUUCAAACCGAGCAACAGCGAGGACGAAACGAACAUUGGGGUAUAGGAAAAAAAAAAAAGAAAAGGAAAAGGGGGGAAACAGGUGAAUGUUUGGAUCUCCAUCCGACAGUCAGCGUUUCACAUUGACUUGGGAAUAACCUGCCACUUCUGUGCGUCACGCGCGGACCGAGGAUCUUCUAGAACAGAGACGAACAGGAAUUUGUUUGUGGAGGAGGGAAAAACAACAACAUUUUUUUUCGCAUCAUGCCGAGCUUUUGUGAAGUUUUGCGUUCACGGAAUUCCUAUGUGAGACUGACAUGACUUACUUGGAUGUGGCAUCGGUAUUGUCUGCGCCUGCUGCAGUGCUGUUUCUGUCAGUCUACUUGAGAAAAUAAAUAAAUAAAUAACACGGAGGGACCGAUUGUGCUGCGAAAGGAAAAGGCAUGGGAAGGGAGUUCUGAAGCCGAUUUCAUUUUUUUUUCAACCUGGAGUUGGGAGUAAAUGAUAUUUGCUCCGGUUCACUURCACGGUUCUAGAUGCAGAGCUCAAGCGGAUAAAGCGUCCAGGUCCGGGAGAGGAGAGAGCAGGUGCGCUUUGGAGUCGGCAGCUGCGCGGAGAAACCGGACCAGAGGAUUAGGACGAUACCUGUCUGUGGAGAGCGCAUCAUGCCGACUCGGAUCUCGCGCACUGGAAGCCAUUAAAACCUGUAGGCUGGAGCUAACAGAUAAGCGGAUAUGGGCUCUGCUCUGCGGCGUCGCUGGCUAGCUUUYCAACUCCUGAUGCAGGUGUGGCUGGCGGCAAAUCCAUCACUCAGUGARCGCCAAUGCCCCAAGAGUUGUCGCUGUGAUGGAAAAAUUGUGUAUUGUGAGUCAAGCGCCUUUCGUGACAUCCCUAAAAACCUAUCAGGAGGUUGCGAGGGCCUGUCAUUGCGGUACAACAGCCUCUCCAGUCUUCGUGCAGGCCAGUUUGGUGGCCUCAACCACCUUAUAUGGCUCUACUUGGACCAUAAUUACAUUGCCUCUGUGGAUGGGAUGGCCUUYCAGGGGAUUCGAAGGCUUAGAGAGCUGAUUAUAAGUUCCAACAAGAUCACAAUGCUCCACAACACCACGUUCCACCCUGUCCCUAAUUUGCGUAGUCUGGAUCUGUCAUACAAUAAACUGCAAGCUUUGCAGCCUGGGCAGUUCCAAGGUUUACGCAAACUUGUCACUCUUCAUAUACGUUCAAAUUCUCUAAAAACUAUUCCAACGCGUCUGUUCCAAGACUGCAGGAAUCUUGACUUUCUUGAUCUGGGUUACAACCGUCUGCGAAGUAUCACACGCAAUGCAUUUUCAAGCCUUGUCAAACUCACUGAGCUGCACCUGGAGCACAAUCAGUUCUCCAAGAUCAACUUCUCUCACUUUCCUCGCCUCUACAGUUUGCGGUCUCUUUACCUACAGUGGAAUCGUAUUCGCUCAAUGAGCCAGGGGGUUCCAUGGACCUGGGCCUCUAUCCAGAAGCUGGAUCUGUCAGGAAAUGAGCUAACAGAAGUAGAUGCUAUGGUUUACCAAUGCUUACCAAAGCUUCAAACUCUCAACCUGGACUCCAACAAGCUGUCCAAUGUCUCUCAAGAGGCAGUUGAUGCUUGGAUCUCCUUGACUAUGAUAAGUUUAGCUGGAAAUGUAUGGGACUGUAGCCCUGCUAUCUGUCCUCUGGUGGGCUGGUUAAGAAACUUUAGAGGGGCAAAGGAGACAACCAUGAUUUGUGCCUCUCCCAAGAAAGCCCAAGGAGAGAAAGUUAUGGAUGCCAUUGAUGCCUUUGGUGUUUGUCAAUCAAACCAGGCUUCAACACUCACAGUGAGUAUUUCCUCAGAUCUUUCCAGUAACCCUGUUCAAACGGAACACAACCCGUCUAUUCUGGCUUUACCAACUAGCUCCGGAAAGAGAGCUGAGGGAUCCCUCAGGGGUCCUACAUCUCUAGCUGUUACCCCACCUGUUGCACUUCCUCCAGACCAAGACUUGGAGCCAGUGUCCUUCCAUAAAAUUGUGGCCGGAAGUGUUGCUCUUUUUCUGUCUGUUGCAAUGAUCCUGUUAGUAAUCUACGUAUCCUGGAAACGCUACCCUAACAGCGUCAAGCAGCUGCAGGAGCACUCAGCAGCAGCACGCAAACGUCGCAAGAAACCCAGAGAGACAGAGCGCACCCUUAGCUCUCCCCUGCAGGAGUACUAUGUGGACUACAAGCCCAACAAUUCGGAGGCCAUGGAUGUGCUUGUAAAUGGAACCGGACCGUGCACAUAUACCAUCUCAGGCUCUCGAGAAUGUGAGGUCCCCCACCAGAUGGGUGCGUUGACCUUCUAUCGCUACGAACAGCCUAUUGUAGACUACUGCCAGGCCCACCAACCCCUGCGGCUCAACAUGGGCUAYGAAGGCCCACCUCAGGGCCUGGAGGGACUCGAAGACCUGGGGCCAUGCGAUAGGGGCACAAUACAGACAGUGGCCCUGCCCGCUGUGCCCUCGGCUGCCAGCAUAGGUGCCCCUGUGCCAGGGACCCGCUCCCCUCCACCCUCCUUCAUACCACAAACUGAAGUUCCCAGCAGUUGUCCUUUUCCUCCCGCCGAGCGCACCGGCACGCUCAAAUUUGGACGCUAGUGAAUCUGGUUGCUGAAAGUGGGYCAAGCGUCUGUGAUUCGCUUUGACUUUUAAAUGAAGGUGCAAAUGAGGUGUUCUUUUUUUUUUUUAGUGAAGCCUUGUUUUUAGUUCAUGAUCUGAAGGAUUACAUGUUCAAACCAUGCCAGAGGGAUCUGGUAUCUGAAACACAGUCUCACUAACAUACAGUAUAAAGGUACACUGAUCAUUCAGAUUUUUCUUUUCAAAGCAUUUGAAAGCAAAUCCCCCCUAAAAGUCCUCGCUACUGACUCAUAGGAGGUCUUUUUUCAGCAUGUACCUGUUCACAGUGGCRAAAGUCGAGUUCUGUUGUGGCAAAAGUGAAAGGUAAAGAGAAAAAAACGCAAUGUCUUGAUCAUUAGAGAGAGGAGACCUGACUAAAGAUCCAAGAUAUAAAGCUGAAGAGUUAUGUGAAAUAGACUUCUCACUGUCAUGUAAAAUUUUAUUCAAAAGUUGUUGACAAAGGGAGACCUGCAUCGUUUCACAAAUUAGCACAUACAGACUUUGUUUUGUUGCUAUAGUUUUUGGUUUUCUGAAUGUUUUUAGUGCUGACUUUAAUUUAUGUGCAUGUUAAACCAAAGAGUUUUCAAAUACAUUUCUUUAAUAAACAUGCAUAAACUAUCAGUUGUACAACAAAACAAGCCUCUGUCAAUUUACAGUUGUCACCAAAGCUCCCCCCGCUGUUCUCAAAAGACCUGGUCACAUAUUUACAAAWGAGCAAAUCAUUCAGAAGUAAUGAUCAGGCCGGGUAGUUUACUUGGAAUUUUAAAGUGAUGUUAAAGUCACCCAACAUAACCCAAUCCUCCCAGCACUACUUUGAUUAUUUAUUUUUUUACAACAGCAGAAGCUAUAAGUAAAAGAAAAAAAAAACKUUGAAGACCUUAUUGCACAGUAGAAAAAUCUAAUUACUGUAUAUGAUUAGGUCCCAGCUGAAUGACUCAGUAUUCCUUUAGAAAGGCAGUGAUGGGCAAUUCUUUGAAAAAUAACUUCAACUAAGUGGAAAGGGUGUAAAUAUUAUCGAGUAAAGGUCCUCUUUAUAAAAAGGCGAAACCACUCUCACUGCCCCAGAUGGUCACCUGAAACAUGGUCAAAUCAAUGUUUGACUUUCAUCAGACUGAAGAACACCAUGUUGCUGGGCUGGCGGUGCUCCUGUCUCCUGUUUGCCACAAAGAACUUUGCUGCCUUUUGGGGGGCAUGUUGAACCAGUACGUUGACUUCUCUUUGACCUGCUUAAAAACCCGUGGACUGUACUGGGAAUAUCGCCAGACAUGUUCUGUUCUUUUUUUAUUUUUUCGUUUUUUUUUUUUUCCCUCUGAAAGUGCGCCCACUGCACUGGAGUUUUAUGCUCUCUGUAACCCAGAGGUCACCAUGUGAAGCACCACUAGACACUGACUCACAGAGCCAUUGAGGACUUCACAUGCAGCAGUGAUACCCCAUCAGAAAUCAUCUCUAGCUCAGUCUAGAGCCUUGUGGAAGCUAUAUGUGGUCCUACCGCAAAGCAACGGACUGAUUUACAGCCUAAACUGCAAAGGAUCAAUGGUGGAUGCAGCUUCAAGAAAAGAGGAGACAUAAGGAUUUUUUGUUUUGUUUUGUUUUCUUAUUUUGGUUUGGAACUAAGUUUAAAAGUGUUCAAAGAUGAUGUCAAAAAAUUCUAUAAGACUAAAUAAAGGACAACUCAAAUAGAACUUAAUUAUCCUGUAAAUAAUAAGUCUUUAAGAAGGAAAAAAAUAAACUUCUUCUAAAUGCAAACUGUUUGUGAACAGAAGAGGAGCCUUAUUCACUUUCCAGAGGGAAUAUAUUACCAAGAUGACUCGGUGAGGGGGUUCCUAAUGUAAUGCUUUCAUUGUUUUAAUAAUGACUAUUUUUUUCUAUCCGCUCCUUUCAUGAAUAUGUCAUUAAAUGGAAAUAAUGCUACUGAGGUUAUUUUCUCAAAUCCAGUCAUUUUACUUAAGAGGGAAAGAUUGGAAGCCUUGUUAUUGUCAUGUUCUCAGAAUGCCAAACCUCACAAAUCCAUUUUUUUAUUUAUUUUUUUAUUUAUUGUUUUUUUUUUUAUUUUUUACCUGACAUGUUUGAGAGUUUAGCUUCCAAGUGAUGGUCGCAUGCUGKGUUUAUUUGUUUAUUUAUGUGCUAAUCCACUCUUUUCUGUUUAAGGGUUUCGACACUACCUGCCAUUUAAAGAUUUUCUUAAGGAUGGAAAGUGUUUGUUUAAUUGUGCCAUUCUUAAAGAAAGGAAAAACAGACAGACAGCAAAACAACAAGUGACACAAACUUUCCCAUAUCAUCACAACUAAGAAGAGUGCUCACUCCCUCUUAUGUACAGAAAAUUGCAUAAAAAAGGCAGUUGAUUCACUCAUUGCGGUUGCUUAAUCGUGCUGGUGGAGUUUAUUUUGUAAUAGCAGAUGUGCCAAUGUCUUUAUAACGGGACCUCUCUCAGUUUGUUUAUUUUUAUUUUUUCUCCCCCAUGUUUUGUCUUGCCUUGCUCUGUAUCACUCCUAAUAACUUCUUGGCCUGAAUCUCAUGUCUGCUGCUUGGUGACUCAGGUGAAUCUGUUUAACGUUGUUCUAUUUCUGUCCGCAUGUUUAUAUAAUCGGGAAAACUUUGUCCAGUUAGGGAGGRACACUGAGGCGGAGGCAAACAGUGAAGGAGCUAUUUCCUGCCUGGGAAUGGCCUAGAACCAGCAGCACACAUCAUGAAAAGCAUCAGUGUUUUUUUUUUUUCUAAAGCAUCGCGUUUGCUGACCCGUUCCCGCUCUUGUCUUUCCUGAAAUACAGUGUAGUCUGUGAGGCAGACAGCGCUGCCUCACUUCAGGCCAAAACUUCUCCUUUUUAGUCGCCUGUUUAAGCCCACCCUUAUCUAAUGUUUAAAUUUAGAAUUAAAGCUUUUAUUUUUUUUUCUAUACGUUUGAUCAGAAACAUUAAUUCGUUAUACAUGUUUACUAUUAAAUCAGUUACUAAAUGUCAUUUGAUUAAUCRUAACUACCUUUCUGAUAAAACCAGAUAUGUUUACCAGAAUGUUUCAAAUCCUGCUGCCAGUUAUUAUCCAGCCCUUUUGUCCGUUUCGUUUGCCAUCAGAAAGCUGGAAGCACAAGCGCUGCAUGCUAAUGAUGCAUGUUUAAGCUGAACUCCAGGACCGGCUGUGCAAGCUUCUGCAGUGCCAACGGGCUUUAUUUUCUAUUUUGCAUUAUUUGUAAACGGUUUCAUACACCCCAAGCUCCCCCAGGUCCAGUCUCUUUUUGAGUUAGGGCUCAAGAACUAACAGAAAUCAUUUCUUUAUUUAAAUUGUUUAAUUUAUUUAUUUAUUCUUGCUUGAGCAGGGUGAACAAAGGUCCUGUGAAUGGUAGUAAUUUGUUUUUAUUUUUUAUUUUUACUUUAAAGUAUUUACACUAAUAAGAAAAACUUUUUACAGAAAGAAGAGUAAAAAAAGAUGCACAAAAAACAGGAAACAGGAAGUGUAAGACAGACAUACAGCUACAACUAGGUUAGUGACACAUUUUAUUCCAUUGCUAAAAACCUUCUGCUUUUUAUUGUAUUUUUUUCUGAAAUACUAUUUUAUUUCCACUUUAAGAAGAGCUCUCCAGCAGUAAAACCUCACACAAAAUUAUGCAGAGUCGCAUACGGUACACAGCCUAAACAAACAGAAAACCUGCAUCUUCAGAACUGUAUGUAUUAUGCAUGCUCUCAUCCAAAGAUACAUAAAUAGUAGUUCACAUGAUUACCAGGAGUCUGACCCAUCAGUCUGCUGCAGAAAUAAAAACAAGCAUGAACGCACAAGAUUAAAAAAAACCAAACAUAUCAUGAUAAAUGAUUAUAAAAUACUGCAAGUUUUGACACACUCAGUCAUUCCAGAUCACCCAAGGCCAUCUGUGACAGUUCACUGGGCCCUAAUCUAUUACCUGAUAAAUAGAUUAAAAAUAAUAAUUCUUAGCCAGACAUGGAUUUGUUGCUUUUUCUUCUCUGCCAUGCAUCUGUGUCUUACCAGCAGGCAGUUCUGGAGUAUGUUCUGACAGCACACAGUUGAGUUAAGUCAGCAUACAUGUGAUUAGGGGGAGGAGGGGCAAAACGCUCAUGUGCCGAUUUCUAGUUAACGUUUCUGUUAUUGUUCAUGUUUUGUUGUGCUGAAAAAUGGCAGGGACACAUUUUCCUUUCUCAAUAUUACAGAGAGUCUGGAAGCACUGAAUGACCUCCCCUGCAUGUACAUGGCCUGUGUGUGUCUGAAUCUGCCAUCCAACAGCACCUUCUUCCUCUACCUCCUCUGAACGAACAUCGCCGUUACUGAUGUUCAGGCCGACCCGCUCCCCAUCGAUUGUUAUUGUUCCACGCUGUUUCACAUUAGCAGAAAGUCUUUAACCUUCGACCCGCAUUGUCCCAACUUUGUUUUUCUGCCAUUGCUCAUGUCAGAGGUGGCACAGGAAAGAAAGGCGUGAUCAUUAACCUCUGUCGGGGGGAAACACACUUUUUCUUUUGCCUGACAAAGCCCUAAUUGGAUUUAAUGUACUCUCUCUGAAGAAAAGAGUUUUUUUUAUUUAAAUGUGCUGCAUUCAUGUCCAACAGCUGACUACAGGGAGCAAGCAGAAGGAGCCUGACAUAGAGCAAUAUAAGAAUGAAUCUUUGUUUCUUUGCAGGCUCAAAUAAUUUGCCUUUUUUGAAUUUUUCUAAUAUUUAUUCUAUUUUUGUUGGCACCUAAAUGCGUUCCAUACAAGCCACGGGGUCUCUAAUAUCUCCUUCUCAUCCAUUUUCUGCAGAAAACUUUAUUUUAUUUUAUUUUUUUGUAAGUUGUAAAUAUGUAAUGCAAUGUUUUUUUUUCUUUUUUGUAGCUCGUUUGAUUUUUUUUUCUUUUUAUUGUAAGAAAAAAGCUUUUUUUGUGGAGACCUGGUCAAAGCGCAAAAAUAUGGCUCUUCUAUGAGUAUAUUAUUGUCAGAAAAUGUUUUGUAAAAAUUUUGAUGAUGAUAUCAGAAAUAAAACUAUAAAGGUGGGAA